UAUAAAAGUGAGUGAAAAGUCGGACAUCCGACCAUCUCCACCUCCACUCCAUCGAUCUCCAUUCACACCCAUCCUAUGUCCACCAUGGAGAAGACACGAAGGACGACAUCCCAUAGCUCCUACAGCAGCCGCUCCUACAGCGGCCCUGUGUCCAGCACCGUGAGGAGGAGCUACUCUGUGAGGAGCUCCUAUGGGGGCACCGGGGGUGCAGCUCGGAUGGUCGGAGGGCAGCUCAUAAACUCAGGAGUGUACGGUGGGAGUCUGGAUUAUAUGUAUAGAGCGGGAGUGGGUCGGGGUCCCGUCGUUUGCCCCCCGCUGACAGCUGUGACUGUCAACAAGAGCCUCCUGACUCCGCUAAAUCUGGAGAUUGACCCUAACAUCCAAGCCAUCAGAAUUCAGGAGAAAGAACAGAUCAAGACCCUCAACAACCGAUUUGCCUCCUUUAUUGAUAAAGUGCGCUUUCUGGAGCAGGAGAACAAACGGUUGGAGACCAAGUGGAGCGUUCUGCAAGAACAGACCUCCUCCCACACUAAAAUCAACGGCAUGUUCGAGAACCACAUCGCUAAACUGCGCAGACACCUGGAUGGCCUGGGCAAUGAAAAACGGCACCUGGAAUCUGAACUGAGUAACAUGAAGAGCUUGGUGGAGGACUUCAAAAAAAAGUAUGAAGAUGAGAUCAACAAACGUACCGACUCCGAGAACACCUUUGUGAUCUUAAAAAAGGAUACUGAUCAGGCUUUCAUGAGUACGGUCGAGCUGGAGACAUCACUGAACAGCCUUAAGGAUGAGAUUGAGUUCCUAACGCUGAUCUACGAGCAGGAGCUGAAAGAGCUGAAAUCUCUGACCGGAGAAACAUCCGUGGUUGUGGAGAUGGACAACAGAAGGGACCUGGACAUGGACGCUAUUGUGGCUGAAGUGCGAGCGCAGUACGAGGAAAUCGCCAACCGCAACCGCGCCGAGGCCGAGAGCUGGUACAAACAGAAGUAUGAAGAGCUGCAAGUAACAGUCACGCAAUAUGGAGAAAACCUGAGAACCACUAAAGCUGAAAUCGCUGAAUAUAACCGCAAAAUCCUACGCCUGCAGUCUGAGAUCGAUGGCGUCAAGGGACAGCGCACUAAUCAGGAGCUUCAGAAUAAAGCGGCUGAGGAACGGGGUGAAGCAGCAGUGAAGGAGGCGAGUCUCCGUGUACAGGAGCUCAAGGACGCUCUUCAAAGAGCUAAACAUGACAUGGCCCGACAAGUGCGCGAGUACCAGUCACUCAUGAACAUCAAACUGGCCCUGGACAUCGAGAUCGCCACCUACAGGAAACUGCUGGAGGGAGAGGAAAGCAGAUUGGUGCGUGGAGUCCAGUACGUCAGUACCUCCAGACAGACCUCUGUAGCUUAUCAGCCUUACCUGCUGGAAAGCAGCAUCGUCACGCCCCCCAUUGCUCAUGCAGCCGAGUUAAGCAGUGACACGACUGUCAUUCACACCAGCUAGACCAUCACAGUCCUGGUCUGAAGGGCAAGACAGGGCCUCCACAUGGCUGGGAAGAGGAAGUGAAGACCCUAAGAAAUGACCUCAUUCAACAUAUUGAUAAUAAAAGCGAUACAUUCCAAACUAAAGUGUUUACUGUUCACAUCUAUUAUAUAAUCAGUGCUGUAUUUACCUGUUCCUGUUUCCCAUUUUGUCUCAGUCAGACUUCUCACCUUGUAACAAUGUUGUUCAAGUUGAGUUGGAUUUGGGAUUGGACAUGAUCUCAUUCAACAUCUUCUUCUUGUUUUCCAUUUUGUUGACCAACAGUAAAAAAAUUUGUCCCCAAUGAUGCUUUAGUAGUUCAAUACAUGUACAAACCUGACUCUUUUUGGUUUUUUUUACUUCAUUGUAAAAGCCCAGAGUUGAAUAGUAAUAAAUGAUCUCUGAAAGCUGAGGUGUCCAAACGAUGGCCUGCUGGACAUAAGCUUAAUCAGUUAAGCUUAUUUUCAUAGGAAUACAACUUUACGAGUCACUGUUUUCCUAUGUGUGUAUAGCAUCAGCUGAAUGAUUAUGCUGAGUAAAGUUUCCAGCAGGAGGUUUCUGCCAGUUCAACACUGUAACUGAGACGAUCACCUUUUGUCUGUGAUGGCUCUUGGUGCCUCUGCUCCAUGCUUUGAAUAGUUGGCCAUUGUUCAUGAUCAUCAGUACCUGAGGUGUGGCCUUUUCUUUAUCUUGAUGAUAAUGAAGUGCCUGAGUGGUACAGUUAUGCCGGCUGGAUUAGAGCUGGUGAAACUCCAGAGUCUGGGGCGGGUUCCUGUAACUGUGUACUUCUUUUGCGUGCUUUGUUUAAGGUUGUCACCUGAGAGCUUUUGUCUCCACCUCUAAGGUCUGCCACCUAAAACGUACGAAUCCCUUGAUUAGAUUUGUAGGUGACUGCAGCAUGAAACAGCACGUUCUCAAUAAAGAAUCCUGCUGAAGAUA